CUCAUAUUUCGUCUGUGGCAGUGUGGGUAGGGACAGCGAUGGGAUGAGGUAGCUCAGGUCUCUUGGUGCGUUGGACACGGGUGAACUGCUACCAAUGCGGACUAAGGCUCCGACUCACUCAGAGGAUCCACUGGGUGGCUUGAAAAGAGCGUCUGAUCAGGAUGCGGUGGUGAAACUCAACCGGGAGCGCGCCGACAUAGUCGCCAAAUAUGACAAGGGUAAAGAAGCCACCGUGGAGCCCUGGGAGGACACCAACUAUCACCUGUACAAAGUCAUCGACCGCUUCGGCUUUGUUCAUGAGAAAGAUCUUCCAUCCUCCGACUCAGCGGAGGAGAAGCAAAAACACUUGGAGGUGGAGCGGACCUCCAAAUGGCUGAAGAUGAUCAAGAGUUGGGACAAAUACAAGAACAGUGAGAAGCUGGUGCGGAGGGUUUAUAAGGGGAUUCCCCUGAAGCUCCGAGGGGACGUGUGGUGUCUGCUGCUCGACAUUCCCAAAAUAAAGGAGGAGAAGAAAGACUUCUACGAGAAGCUAAAGGCCAGAGCCAGAGGAGUGUCCCCAGACAUCCGUCAGAUCGACUUGGAUGUGAACCGCACCUACAGGGACCACAUCAUGUUCAUGCAUCGCUACGAUGUCAAGCAGCAGGCUCUGUUCCACGUCCUCACAGCGUACUCCAUGUACAACACGGAAGUAGGCUACUGCCAGGGUAUGAGUCAGAUCACAGCUCUGCUGCUGAUCUACAUGAAUGAAGAAGACGCCUUCUGGGCUCUGGUCAAACUUCUGUCUGGGCAGAAGCAUGCAAUGCACGGCUUUUUUAUCCCCGGCUUCCCCAAGCUGAUGCGUUUCCAGGAGCACCACGAGCACAUACUGAAGAAGACGAUGCCCAAACUCAAACAACACCUGGACACCCAGGAGGUGUUAACCAGCCUCUACACCAUGAAGUGGUUCUUCCAGUGCUUCCUGGACAGAACUCCCUUCACCCUCACCCUCAGGAUCUGGGACAUCUACAUCUUGGAGGGAGAACGAGUGCUCCCCACCAUGUCUUACACGAUCCUCAAACUGCACAAGAAGCACAUGAUGAAGCUGUCCAUGGAGGACCUGGUGGAGUUCCUGCAGGUGACUUUGUCCAAAAACUUCUUCUUGGAGGACGACUUUGUGGUGGAGCAGCUACAGGCGUCCAUGACGGAGCUCAGGAAGUGGAAGCUGGAGCUGCCUGCACCAGCUAAAGAAGAAGAGUUUCCCAAGAAGCCUCUAGGGCAGCUUCCUCCUGAGGUGGCAGCAGCAGCGGUCGUCCACGUGGCCAAUGGUCAAAGCCACGCCGAGCCAGCCGAGCCUCCCCGGGACCCGAGUCCUGUACCAGACCGCAAGCAGGACAGUCGGCCCCCGAGCCGAUUACGGCGAGACUCGCUGGAGAAAUCGAUUCGCCACCACAAGGCUGAAAAGAGGGAUGCUCGCUCCAGGGGAUCGGGGGAGAUCGCCAAUGAGCAGCGAAAGCAGUCCACCUCCACUACACCUGAGAGGAGAGCAACACCGCCCAAAGCCCCCAUCCCGACACCACAGCUCAUAACAGGGGAUAGGGGGAAGCCUCAGAGCCACGUCACCGCCAACAAUAACUCCAACGCGGCCUCCAGCUCACGCAAAGAAAUCACUCCCCGCUGGUUCAAACCCUCGGAGACAAAGCUGGAAGCAGUCAAAGCAGCAGCCCGGGAUGUCCACCUGAGCAGAGGGACUUCGCCAGCGCCUUCCAGCCCAGAAGACGGUGCACCGCUCCCCCACCGGCCACACUCCAAGGGCUUCAUCGCCGACUCCAACCGCGGCUCCAACGCCUCCCAGUAUGACAACGUACCAGGGCUACUAGAGCAGGAUUUCGAAAUCCUGGAGCUUGACAGACCUCCGUCCAGAAUAAGGACCCCUCGCAGUGAGACACCCUUCAGUGUGUCGUCUCCCCAUCAGGGCAGCCCCAGCCUAGCCGGGAGUGUCGUCUCUGUCGCAUCAGGGCACAGGAUGGCCAAACACCCUCUUCCUCCUACAUUUUCCCACAACAGUCCUGGAAGGGUCCAGGCCAGCUACCCGGCCAGCCAAUACAACACCCCUCCCCAGCAGCACUCCCCGGGCAGAACUACUACCGAAGUUCCCAUCUUGCAUCCCGCAUACAGCGUGAGCCUUGACCAUCGAGGAGAGGACAGACUCUAUGCUGCGCCCUCCCGAUUUACCCCACCCUCCAGUGUGGUGUACGGGGAGCGAGCGUAUGCUACCACCCAGCGCCCGAGCAACAACCUCUCCCCAGAGAAGAUUCUCAUGAACAACUCCUACACCACCUACCGCAGGGGGCCGCCACCUAGCUCCUCCCACAACCUCCGAAAUGCCAGGUACCCCCCGGAGCACUCUCUGCAGCUGGAAACCCAGGGGAGGCCCACCCCUAUCUACCUGCAACAACUCACCUCCACCGCACCGGUAGACUACAGGUUUGAGGGGCAUCGGAGAGGCGAGGCGAAGCCGCACUACCUGCCAGAAGGCGGGCUUCGGAUGCCCGUAGACGGGCCCCCGUGGCUGCCGGAGGAUGAGCUGCCCCCUCAAAUCCCAGGUGGGGUGCCCCGCUCACCCAGCUUCCAGCAAGCCCAAAUGUCUCCCGUUCAGGAGUUCUCUUUCUCCCCAAACCCAGACGGACUGCUUCACUACAAGACACAGUUCCCGGAGCAGCAGCCUGUCUUAAGGCAACAGCUCCCCCAGCUGUUUGGAGGACCACACUACAGGCACGCACAGGAGGCGUUCGCCUUGCAGGAGUCCAUGCUGCUGUGAUUGGACAAUAGAGAAAUGGCAAGACACUGUAAAAGAUAAAUAAACUGAGGUGUAGUCACUGACACUGUGGUAAAGACGAGCAGUAGUCCUAGCGUUAAGAGCUUGGUUUAGUUUCUGCGCUGUUGUUCUUUAGGUGUGAAGUACUGACCUUCUGACUGUCACGCUGCAUCGUACCUUUGCGGGACGCGCCAGCCUCUGAAGUUUUUACUGAUCACUUUAAAAAGAGAGGAAAAAAAAAACUGACUGAAGAUUUUAUUUUAUUUUUGGAUGUAAAUCAUUAACAAGAGGUGACAGUAUAUAUCUUUUAAGAGUGUGAUAUGUACAGUGGAUGUUUUUGUUAAUAUGCUGAGUUGUUAUCAGUAGCAGGGGACGACCUUCUCCUCAUUUAUUUUCCAUCUUUAUUUUUUUAUAUGUUACUUCCAGAUUUACAUUAGAGAUCGAUUUACUCUAUAUGCUUGUGAAUGUUAUUUUUAAAAGAAGAAAUAAUACUAUGUCCCAUAAUAUAAUUAGAUAUCAUUUUGAUUGCCAUUUCAAUUUUGUAGAAAGAGCAGGCUUUGUUUAUUUUUUAGUCAUUUUCAUUAAUUAUAUUCCUUCUCCAUUAACUGAUUCAUUUGAACUACUUCACUUUCAUACGUGAAAAACAGUAUAUGAUAUGAGGCCAGUCUAGUUUUUGGUUAAAUUACAACCCUGAAUAGAGAGCUAAUUUGUGAGGGCUAAUUAUAUAUAUAUAUAUAUAUAUAUAUAUAUAUAUAUAUA